AUGGUUAAUCAGGUGAAGAGUUCGAUGGCUGUAGGUGGUCGUGUUGGAAUCAAAAGUAUCUUGCAUUUUGGAUCGUUAAACAAUGUGAUGAUGACUGUGUUUGGGAAAUCUUACGAGUUUGAUCAAAACAGAGCUGAGUCUGCUCAGCUUGAAAGCCUUGUUAGUGAAGGUUAUGAACUGUUGGGUAUCUUUAACUGGAGUGAUCAUUUUCCACUUCUGGGUUGGAUGGAUCUUCAGGGUGUGAGGAAGAGAUGCAAGGCUUUGGUUGAUAGGGUGAAUGUUUUUGUUGGUAAGAUCAUUGAUGAUCAUAAGAUGAAGCGUAUGAAUGAUGACGGUGCUGCUGCUUUAACCACCGACAUCGAAAGCUCCGGUGAUUUCGUUGAUGUUUUGCUUGAUUUGGAGAAUGAGAACAAGCUUAGUGACUCUGACAUGAUUGCUGUUCUUUGGGAAAUGAUUUUCAGAGGAACAGACACAGUUGCCAUUCUCCUUGAAUGGAUUCUCGCAAGAAUGGUCCUUCAUCCCGACAUACAAUCCAAAGCUCAGGCCGAAAUCGACGCCCUAAACCGACCGAUAUCCGACCAGGACAUCCAAAACCUACCAUACCUCCAGGCUAUUGUGAAGGAGACACUCAGAAUGCAUCCUCCGGGUCCUCUGCUCUCAUGGGCAAGGCUGGCAAUUCACGACACCAAACUCGCCGGCGGUCACUUUAUCCCUGCCGGAACUACUGCCAUGGUGAACAUGUGGGCUAUAACCCACGAUGAGAAGGUGUGGGCUGACGCCGGUGUGUUCAGGCCGGAGAGGUUUGUUGAGGAGGAAGUUAGCAUCAUGGGUUCUGAUCUAAGGUUGGCUCCGUUCGGCGCCGGAAGGAGGGUUUGUCCUGGGAAAGCUUUGGGCUUGGCAACUGUUCAACUCUGGCUUGGACAGAUGCUUCAGAACUUCAAAUGGAUGCCUGUGGAGGAUGAAUGUGUUGAUUUGUCUGAGGUUCUUAAGCUUUCAAUGGAGAUGGAACACCCUCUGGUUUGCAAGGCCGUCAUUAGGGCUUAG